UGUAUAUUGCAAUAUAUUAAUUGUUGAAACUGAUAGGAAUAAUGAUUAACUUAUUUCAAAUUUUGUUUGUCGCCAUUUUCUUAGCCAGAAAUUCAUUUUCAUAUAGAUUAGAAAACCUAGAUGAUUCUGUUCGAAUUAUUGGUGGUGAAGAUGCUCGACCACAUCAAUUUCCGUGGAUGGUAUAUAUGAAAUUGUAUCAUAUUCCAUUACAUGAAUGGCAAAAAUCAAUGACAAAUGUAUGCGAUGGUACUCUUAUCAAUAAUCGAUGGAUAAUUUCGGCAGCCCAUUGUUUCGAACCAAAUGGUUAUAAUUUAAGUCAAAAUAUCGUAUUCUUAGGAUCACACAAUAUCACAGAAAUGGAGGAAAAAGGUCGAAAAGUUAUCAAAGCAAAAAAGGCAAUAAUACACGAGCAAUAUGAUCAUUGGAAUAUAAAAAAUGAUAUUGCUUUGGUCGAAUUGUCUGAAAUAAUUGAAUUUGAUGAAUACAUAUCUCCAAUUCAUAUGCGAAAUUCAUAUGAUAAUUUUGAUCACGAUCAAUGUCUAACAUUGGGAUGGGGCAGAAUCGGCGAACAUAUGGAAAAAUCCGAUACAUUAAAAAAAGUUCAACAAAGCUUACAAACGUUGGAUGAUUGUCGAAAAUUCUAUUCAGAUUUGGAUGAUACACAAGUUUGUGCUGGUACUUUGAAUCAUGGACCUUGUACGGGCGAUUCUGGUGGACCAUUACAAUGUUUGAACCAAAAUCAAUCAUGGUUUCUCGAAGGAAUUGUUUCAUAUGGAUCAUCCCAUUAUACAAAACCUGCUGUCUAUACAAAAGUUUUGGCAUAUCUUGAAUGGAUAACUAAAACAAUUGAAAAUAAUACAAAUGUUCUAAUUUAAUGACAUUAUCAUUAUUGUCAACAACAAUAAAAAGAAUUCAUGAAAAUUCGUGAUUCGA